AUGGCAGAUAAUAUUUCUAAUAGUUCUAGUAACAAUAUUGAAGAAUUUUUUGAUCCAACUGAAACUCUUUACAUAAAUUUAGAAAAUAAUAAUUUGAGCGAUGAAGAUAAAACAAUCUCUAAUAUCAGCAUUAAAGACUUGAAAACUUUUUACAUGAAAGGUAUUUCAGAAAUGUCUGCUGAAGAAUACCUUAAGCAUAUUUUUAAAAUAUGUAUAGUUCAUUAUAAUAGAAAUAUAAAAAAAUUAAAAGAUGUUUCGAAAGAAAUAAAAAAUAUUAUGAGAGCUAUAUCAACUUAUAAAAUUAAAAAUAAAGUAGAAAAAGCAUUUAAAUUAAUUGAAUAUUGCAAAUCUAAAGUUGCAGAAGUAAUUAGUCCAGCUUAUACUAAAAUGAAUCUUGAAAUUUGGAAUACUAAUAGAAAUAAUACAAAUAUUAUUGAAAGUGUACAUUAUAGUAUUAAUAUAGAUGGAACUUAUUUAUUUUUAUUAGCUAUUAUUAAAACUGAAGAAUUUGAUUAUAAAAAAUGGAAUAUAACAUUAAAUUUUACAAAAUAUAAUAUAUCAACUAGUGGUAUAAAUAAAUUACAGGUCAAUAGAUAUAAAGAAGCUGCUAAAGAGGAACGAGCUCUUGAAUUAUUAAAGCAAAAAGUAGCUUUAGAAAGAGAAUUGUCUGAACUAAGAAGACAAAACAAUGAUAUAUAA